AUGGCAUGUGACGAUGAGCGCAGUGAUCGCGAGAACUCAAGUUGGAAACAAUUUAAGCGCGAAGAUUUACUGCAAUAUUCAGAAAUUUUUGCAUCUGAGUUUAAUAAGAGUGCACUUCAUGACCGUAUUCUUGUAUUGAAAAUAAUGGAGAAAGACGAUGGUGUAAUACUCCGAGAGAACUACCUGCAGUACGAAGUGAUUGGGACUGAGACUGAGGGUAAUCGAACUGCUUCUGAAGAAGGAACUGAUGAGGUAUAAGUAUCUACACAAGUAUAAUGACUCCACACUCGUUCUCCCCUUGAAACUUUUCCGUUUCAACAUUAUCAAAUUGGUGUAGCCGAAUGAAAGAUGAUUCACUCAAUUUUCAUGCCCUAUUAACAAAUAUGAAAACUACUAAUUUUUUUAUGUAACAUGGCAGGCAACUUCACAUCGCAAUAUUUACUAGUGUCGGAUUGUUUUGUAAAAAAUAAUUUGAAAUAUAUUUUCAUUUUCCGGCUUUUUUUAGCAGUAAAGCGUCAGAGCAGAUAGAAAUUCCAAGGAGUAAAAUACUUGUGAAGGCUUCAUGCGAAGAUCAUAGAAAUAGGGAGUUUAAGAUCUUGACGACGAACUAUAUACCGACUAUACGUUUGAAAUAAUUUUAUGAAAUGGUUAUAUAAUAUAGCUAUGCAAAUACUAAAUGUUUUUCAUAACAAAUGUAUCUUAAAUAUGUUUUAUGCGCAUGUUUUUUUUGUGUUCGGUAAGUUACAUCAUUCUUUUACUCUCCAACAUGCAACGUUGCGUAGUCAGUUUCGGUGCUAUGUUCUUCAUUCUGUUUACAACACAAGAAUGUGAAUUCUACGCUGUAGCUAAGGUCGCUAUGGUGAAAGUGAAAAGUAUUUAAUGCUCUGGGGAUAUUUAUGUAAAUUCUGUCUGUCUCAGUUAAACAAUGCAAAACCAAACUUUCAACCGUAUUCCGUACCCGUUGUUCGUUGUCGGCAUCUUAAACUCCCCAAUAAACCCGUGUUGCACUGAAAAAAUUAUAAAUCAUAAACGGAAUUCUUCCAAUAAUCUAAAAAUCUACGCUGUGAUGGAAUUUUUUAAUCUCAAACUGAAAUCAGAUGAGAUUUAUGACAAUUUAAUUAAGACGAUUUAAUUAAAACGCUUUGAAACAAAUGAAUAUUCAAAGCCCUUCAAAAUACAAUACGAUACAAUGAUAAAAUAUGCGAGGUGCGAAUUAUAAAGACCUCCAUAUAGGCCCAUAUUUGGGGUCCAUCUCAGGUAUGUUAAUGCCUGGGUCUCAGUUUGUGUAUUUAGCGAAAAUAGACAAAAAAUCAUAAAAAAUAAGUAUGGCCUUGAUUAUUACCAUUCAAGUUUUAUAUAAUUUAUCAAAGGAGAUGCUAAAAGUUGACCUACUUUUCGUUGUCAUGGCAACGAUCACGUGAUGUAUAUUUCAAAAAACAACACAAAAAAUGAUACAUUUUAAGGCCUGUUUAAACGGAUCCAACAUUGUUGGACCAACAUCAUCCAACAAUGCUACUAUACUAGAUAUGACUGCUUCUCUUUCAAAUCUUUUUGGUUAGAUAAGCUUUACUCAAACCCUAAACCUAGUCUUGACAAAAUAUUUGAAAAAGAAGCCGUUUGGGCCAUUAUUUCAACAAUGUUGGAUGAUGUUGGCCCAACAAUGUUGGAUCCGUUUAAACAGGGCUUUAAGGACAAAAAAAGGCAAAAGGACUCCACUUGAACAAGAAAGGUACUGCCAUUAUUGCUAAAUCAAUCUCUUCUUAUAUUAUUAAUCAUUGAUUAGUAGCGACGGGUAUGUCUAACCAAACCUUUUCUAAUGUUGAUAAAAGCGAUUCUAAUACGCACAAACAAACUGAUUUCAACUUACCUAAACACAGAGGCUUCAAAAUUGCUUUUCUAAACAUUGCAAGUUUACCCAAGCAUAUCGAUGAAUUAAGAUUAAACAUGCAACAUCAAUAUUUAGAUAUACUGGUCUUAAACGAAACUCGUCUUGAUGAAACUAUUAGUAAUUAUGAAAUAUCAAUUGAUAAAUAUACUUUAGUUAGGAACGAUCGAACACGACACGGAGGCGGUGUAGCUAUGUAUAUCCGAAAUUCAAUUAAUUUUAAUCUCAGAAAUGAUCUUCAUGAUGAAGCCCUUGAGUUUCUGUGCGUUGAGAUCAGUAAACCUAAAGUUAAACCAUUUCUAAUUGAUCAACGUGGUACAGACCUCCUAAUUCCUGCAAGGAUCUCUUUGACAAACUUCAGGUAAUUUUAGAUAAAAUCGAGUUCCUUGGUAUUGAAAAUAAUAUCAUUGGUGAUUUAAAUUGUAACAUGAGUGCAUCUAUUGCAGAUAAUAAUACUAAACAUUUACUUGAACUAAGUGAGUCAUAUCAAUAUACUCAACUUAUUAAGGAGUCAACCAGAGUUACAAAUAGCUCAUCCACGUUAAUCGAUCUCUUUCUUACUAAUGAACCGAACAACUUUACUUCUGCGGGCGUUAUAUCGGGUAUCAGCGACCAUAAUUUAAUUUAUGCUAUCAGAAAACACUCUAGUGUUAAAUCUAAGCCUAUAACUAUCAAAUCCCGCAGUUAUAAAAAUUUUGAUGAAACUUCAUUCAAGCAUGACAUUGAUGCUAUUCCUUGGCAGUACAUAGUUUCCUUAGAUGAUCCUAUAAAUGCUUGGCAAAUUUGGAAAAAACUAUUUCUUGAUGUUGCUGAUAAGCAUGCUCCAGUCAAACAAAGAAGAAUAAGGAAAAACUGUGCCCCAUGGCUCUCUGUAGAUAUCAAGAAAUUAAUAUGGGAACGAGAUCGAUUGAAGCGUAAAGCAGUUUAUACUAAUGAUGAAAAUGAUUGGGUCAAUUUUAAAACAGCUAAAAAUCUAGUUAACUAUAAAAUUAGAGAUAGUAAAAAGCAAUAUUAUAAUUCUUUGUUUCAACUCAACGUAGGUCGAACUAAAGAAACUUGGAAUGGUAUCAACAGUCUUCUUUCUAAAUCUAAAAAUUCAACUACUAUACCAAAAAUCUUGCAAGAUGAAAUCGAAAUUACUGACCCAGUAACUAUUAGCAAUGUUUUUAAUAAGCACUUCACUGAAAUCGGACCUAAAUUAGCAGCACAAAUUCCAACAACUGGUGCGGCCUCUUCUAACAUUCCGCAAUGUAAUGAAGUUUUUGAAUUACAUGAAGUUACUCCAUCUCAAAUAGAUGGACUAAUUUAUAAAUUAUCGACUUCUAAGGCUAGCGGUCUUGAUAACAUUCCUGUUCGUUUAUUAAAACUAAUUAAUUUCACUACUGUGGUUUCACUUACUCACAUUAUUAAUCUAGUAAUUCGCAAGGGAAUUAUUCCCGCUGACUGGAAGUGUGCCAGGGUAUCAGCAAUUUAUAAACAUGAUUCAAAACUAGAUUUGAAUAAUUAUAGGCCUAUUUCAGUCCUUCCUGUAGUUUCAAAAAUUUUUGAAAAAGUUGUCUUUGACCAAGCAUAUACCUUUUUAAACAAAAACAACCUUUUAUCUGACAUACAGUCAGGAUUUAGACCUCUUCACUCAACGUUAACAGCUAUGCUUGAUGUCACUGAUAAAUGGUACACUAAUAUGGACAGUGGGUUAAUAAAUGCUGUCUUAUUCAUUGAUUUAAAAAAGGCUUUUGAUACCAUUGAUCAUAAAAUUUUACUGCAGAAGUUAACUUGUUACGGUUUCAACAAAGAAGCGAUUGAUCUUUUUAGAAACUAUCUUUCUGAUCGUACUCAAAUAACAGUUAUUAACAACAUACGAUCUGAUACUCGUAAAGUAACAUGUGGAGUUCCUCAGGGGUCUAUCUUAGGUCCACUACUGUUUUUAAUAUACAUAAACGACCUACCUAAUAGUGAAUUGGUAUCAGAUGGGCGUUUAUUCGCUGAUGAUACCAACUUGACUUUUGCGGACAGCAACCCUGACAAGUUGAUUUCUGUUCUAAAUGACGACCUUAAAACUCUCCAAAACUGGCUUAACCAGAAUAAACUAAGCCUGAAUGCGAUUAAAACUAAAUGUAUGUUUAUGGCAUCCAGACAAAAAUUAAGUACUAUUCCUGAAGAACCUAAUAUUGCUAUCGCCGAAAACAAAAUUGAAAGAGUUAGAUUUUAUAAGUGUUUAGGUUUAAAACUGGACGAGAGUUUGACAUGGGAGAUCAUGUUUCUACUAUAA